AGUAACUGUGACUGAUAGCUCUUCUUUCUCUGUAACAAUUUCCUCGCAUCCCCCUCUUCCCCCUCUACUUUAUUUACUCUAGAAGGUGGCUUUAAUAUCAACAAUCGACAACAAUGGAGGAAGUCUCAACAGGCUCUGAUUCUGAUUAUUCCAGCUCGUGGAUCUCCUGGUUCCUCUCAUCCAAAGGCAACGAAUACUUUUGUGAAGUUGACGAAGAUUUCAUCUUGGAUCGCUUCAAUCUCACUGGGCUUAACAAUGAAGUUGCAAACUAUCCACAAGCGCUGGAUCUCAUUACAGAUCAACUGGACGAUGAAGUGCAAGAUGAACUCAGAGGUUCUUUGGAUGUCCAGGCUAGACUUUUAUAUGGUUUAAUACACGCACGGUGGAUUGUAACCGCUCGAGGUCUUGCAAAAAUGCUGGAAAAAUACAAACGUGCCGAAUUCGGUCGUUGUCCACGAGUACACUGUCAACAACAACCCCUCCUCCCAGUCGGUCUUACCGACGUACCAUACGAAAAGUCUGUAAAACUUUAUUGUGGACGGUGUGAAGAUAUCUAUUCACCCAAGUCUUCACGGCAUGGUGCUAUUGAUGGGGCGUAUUUCGGCACUACUUUCCCUCAUCUUUUGUUCCUUGUCUACCCGACAUUAAUUCCGCCGAAGAGUGGACCGACUGAUAUCGGUUCGUCAAGUCGAGAGGGAGAUGGUCGGUCGAGAAGGCGGAAUGCGAGAGAGGAACCAGAGGUGGCACCAGCCGAGGGCGGGGGAGAGACUAUUAGCACGGCGAGCGUUGCUCUGAAGGCUGACCGGUAUCGGCCCAAGAUAUACGGUUUCCAGGUGAACGAGAUUGCGAAGUUGCAGAGAUGGCAAGAGGCAAUACGAGAUAGGUGUGUUUGAGUUGUUGGCCUUUCCUGGAUUUCCUGAGAGAAGCUCAAGUGUUUUUAUUCUAGGCAGGUAGCACGUCUAGAAGAAUUAGAAGAACGGUCAUGACCCAUAUACUCAAUACCCACCACUCUGUUGAUUUGCAAUUCGGUUCUCAAUAUAUCCAUCUUUUUUUACUAACCAUACUCGAUGUUUUCCUUCAACUAGGAACUAGGAACUUCUCGAAUACCCAGAUGAUGCAAACUUCACACUCUUGGAGAGGAACUUAUGUCCCUCGACGAAAUGAAGACUGCGGCCCUCCACCCUGGUAUACCUACUGGGAACCGUCUAGAGGGUCGAGUCAAGAACGGAAAGCUGAUGGGCGCAAGUCUCGAACUGUUUGU